GUUUAAUAUACAGAGAAAUAUGGCGGAUAUUCUUGGCUCCCCGAAGUACUACAUUUACAGAGGAUUUGAAGCAUUUAAGAUCGUCAGAAAAAUGGACUACUUUCUGGGAGAGCCAUUACAACAGGAAAUUUUCGAAAGUAUUAUUAGAUCAAUAAAAAUAAUGUUAAAUAAGGAGCACCCACGAGCUCGAAUUGAGCCGAAUGCUGAAAUGAUGGACAAGGAAUUUCAAAGAGAAGCAGAAAGCAGUGAAUUGAUUGACAGUCCUAGACUUCGAGGUUCGGAGAAUGAAAGCCGAAGCAAUUGUCGGUAUGAAGCUGUGGAUCUCGAUGAGCCCCCGGGAAAAUCCCUUACCCCGUUACCCUCCUGGUAUUGGUCUCCGUGGGACGACGGAAUUCGGUCGUCCUAUUAUGACCAUGCUUCAAAACUAUCCUCAGAACAGAACAGAAGAUUUACAUUUCAACACAAAAGAAGUCAAUGAUGAUGGUGAUGAUGACGAGAUCUCACGAUCUUCAUCAUCCGAAUACCCGCUAUCAUCAUCCGAGUCUUCUACUUGCGAUUCAUCAAGCGAUAUUUUAUAUAUAUUGCAUUUUAUUAUUAAGGCGUUAUUUAAAUUUUAACUAUUUUUAUUGUUUCUUUGUUUUUUUUUCAAGAAAUUUCACUUCUUCUUUACCAGUAUCCCUCUGUUAUUCUUAGAUAUAACCAA